AACGCUGAACGUCACAUCACACUCACCUGAGAGAAAGAGAGAGAAGAGACGGACAUCAGAGAAACCUGCAGACACGACAGAAACAAAGACGCAUACAGCAACCAAACACAAAGAGCUGAAGACACACGCUCAGAGCUGCAUGGAUACAGCGAAGAACAUCAGAGGAACAUCUGCAUGGUCCUGAACGGAGGUUUAUUUUACCACAGUGCUGAGUCGGAUCAUGGGUGUGUUUAGGACUUGUUACAGAGGGACUGUUGCUCCGUGUUCAUUUGGUGCUGUGAUGUUUGAAGAAGCUUCUCUGUCUGUUUUCCGUCUUAAAACCAAUCUUCUAACUAAACGUUCCAAAAGGUGUUUUUCACAGGAGUUCCACAGAAGGACCAUUUUGGAAACUUUUCAGUGAACAGUUCCUUUUUAUUUUUUUCAUUUGAAGAACAUUAUCUAAAGGACCUUUUUCCACUAUAAAGUACAUUCCAUGGAUGUUAAAGGUUCUUCAUGGAACCAUCCGUGCCAAUAAAGAAGUGAAACAAAGAGCUCAGUUUUACAGGAAACAUUUGAAUUUAUUUCUUCUAGAUCCUCGCAAAACAGCAAUGAUGCCAGAAAAGAAUGAUUUUGGGAAGCUUUCAGUGAUCAGUUCUUAAAAGAACCAUUUUUGUCUUCAUGUAAAGAAGACUUAAUAACCUUUAUCCGCUAUAAAGAACAUUUUGAUCAAUGGAGAAGUUCAAUGGAUGUUAAAGGUUCUUCUUUGAACCAUUGAUUCCAGUAAAGAACAAGGUUCAGUUUUAUUAGGAACCACUUGAAUUGAUGUAUUUCUCUCGGAUCUUCUCACGAUAAGUAACUUACCCAACAGCAGAAGAAUGAUUUUGGGAAGAUUUCAGUGAUCAAUUAUGUUUGUCUUCAUGUGAAGAACAUCUUUUUCUCUUUUUUUCCACUAUAGAGAACAUUGGUGCAGUGGAGAGGUUGUUCUUGAAAACAAUACAGCUCUGUUUUAUAGGGAACAUUUGAAUUAAUAUAUUUCCCCCAGAUCUUCUUAUGAUGAGUAACUCGCCCAACAGCAGCACCGCAGCCGGAAGUGUGGGAGUAGUUUGGGUCACCCCGCUCAUGGGUGCCACCCUUGUCACCAUGUGUGUUUUGGGCAUGACGGGAAACCUGUACACCCUCGCCAUCAUGCGAUCGGCCACGUUGCGGCGCGCCGGCUCCAUGUAUGUCUUCAUCCUCAACCUGGCGGCGGCGGAUCUGCUCUAUCUGGGCACCAUCCCAUUCGUGGUCUGCACCUACUUCGCCCACGACUGGUUCUUUGGGGAAAUGGGCUGCAGGUUGCUGUUGAGUCUGGAUCUGCUCACCAUGCAUGCCAGCGUGUUUGUGCUGGUGGCCAUGAGUCUGGAGCGCUACCGUGCCGUGGCCGCUCCCUUCCGAGCCCGUCGCUCGACCACACGUAAUCACUGGCUGAUGGCGUUGGGAAUCUGGGCGGCAGCGUUCGUGUUGACGCUCCCAAUGAUGGUGAUGAUCCGUCUCCGCGAGGGACGUCCCAGUAUGGUGGGCCUCGUCAAACGCAUCUGCUUCCCAACAUGGACACCCGAGGCUUUCAAGGCAUAUCUGACCGCGCUGUUCUUCACCAGCAUGCUGCUGCCCGGCCUGCUGAUGGUGGGACUCUACACUGGUCUCGCCCGGCAUUACUGGGCCGCCCAGGCCAACCUGACCCACGGAUCCUCGUCGUCCGCUCGCAGGCGCCGACUGAAGCACAAGGUGGUGGGAAUGAUCUUCUGCAUCGUGGUGGCGUACUGGGCGUGUUUCCUGCCGUUCUGGGGUUGGCAGAUGGCAAAGCUCUUCUCGUCCGAGUCGCUUCGCUCGCUGUCGGCCGCUGCCCACACCUACGUCAACUUCUUCGUCACCUGCCUGACGUACGGAAACAGCUGCGUCAAUCCACUGCUCUAUACACUACUGACACGCAACUACCAGGACUACCUGGCCCAGAGAGGUCAGUCAUCAGGGGCGAGUCGAGGGGACCAGGGGUCGGCCGCCGGGGUCAACGCCAUCGAAGAUCAAAUAGGAUGAGUUCAGGAGAGAGUUACAAAUUCUGGGUCCAGUUGCGUAAACAUAGCCACUAUGCUAAGACUGAGUCUUUGGGCCUCUCUGGUCACUCUUGACCGAAGAAAUUUACAAUUUGAAAUUUUUGAUUCAAUGGAAUGUGAUGAUACUUGGGGACUUUUGUCGCAUUAGCUAUGUGAACAUGAUACGGAUGUGUUAAAGAGUCAAAAAAUACAAAGUAACACUUGGUAACCACUUGAUAUCUUCAUGGUCAAAAAUGAAUGACAGAGGAAACGAAUGGUGAAAAAUAUUGUUUUAUCGGAGUGGUAUGAAACUUAGGUACUUAUUUUCUCACAUUAGCUUCUGCAUGUGAACCCAUAAAAAAUAAUUAAUCAAUAAAUGUAAGUAUGGGCACUAUUUGGACAAAGGGUCAAAAAAUAAGUAACAUUCACCUUCACUGUCAAAAAAUGCCCAACAUAAAAUAAUUGAAUUAUUAAUAUUGUAUCAUAAAAUCCUCCCAACAUAAAAAAUAAUAAUAAUAAAUUUUGAUUUUCCUGAAAUAGCAGGUAGGACCCACAAAUAAAGAGGGUUCAGAGGGUUUUAGGAAAUCCUGUCCAUCUACAAGUUAGUCCAGUGAUUCAAAUUAACCCACUCUACAUUAUAUGUAACUGAUUUAAAGUUUUGUCCAGUCUUAAAGUCUACAUGACCAACUUGUAAAACCAGUUUAAGCGGUUUAUGCAACUAGCCACUGUUUUGAGAUUUUAACCGGUGUUGCUUCAGUUCUGUAUUUUACUCAUUACUUUACACAUUACCAAAACAGUUUUCGUACAAAAAUGUGUCCUUUCUGCAUCACAAGUGCAACAUAAUUGUAAAGAUAAUGACUGUUUUCUGACAGGUUUCUCAAACACUCCACACUGGCUUGUCAUUGGCCAGCCAGAGAGAUUGGCUUACAUGAUUGGUUAAUACAGCAGUCAACAUGAUGUGCCGCUAAAACAAUCAGAUCAACGUUGUGACAGCUUCUCAGAGUCAGUGUUUGAAGUUUAACCUACAAAUGAAUUAUUGUGACUUAAUGUUACUUUUUGUAUAUUAAUGUUGAUAUUUUAAAAUUGACCAUAUAGUCGAGUAACAGAAGUACUGUAGCUGUUUGGACACACACCUUUGACAUCAACAGCAGAAGCUAUGGGAAGUGUUUCUCUUCCCUUUGAAAAGUUGAUCAGGUGCUUUAUUAGUUAUAUAUUAUAUUGCUCACUUUUAUUACAUUAUGCAGUGAGUUCACUGGUUAAUGCUUAGACAUUUAUGAUGUACAUUUAUCAUUGUUUUAACUGUGGUUUGUCUGGACCUGAGACCAGACAAAUGCUGCUCUAUCCAGCUUAUUUCUGCUGCACGUUUACAGCUCUUCGUUAUUCUUCUCGUUAUUACCCCACCUAAUGAACCAGACGUCAGCACACUGACAGAAAACAGCAUUAUAAAGUAAAGUGGAUAGAGUCAUUAUGUGUAGCUCUAGGUUUUAAUUAUUACACCGAUGGACAGUCUUUAUGGUGCUUGAUUUUAUUUCUUUGUACCUGUGGCUUAUAAAGUUGAUUCGUGCAGAUGAUUUAGGAGUGCGUUUAUAGUCUCUUCAGAGGUUUAUUUAGUAAAAAGUUCAAGCUAAAUAAAGUUCAUUUACCUAUUAUGAUUCGGACAAUGGUUGUUGAACUCUUAUCGAUGCAUGUGUGUGUGUGUAUAUAUAUAUAUAUAUAGCUGUGUGUGUGUGUGUGGAAUCUGGUUUCUGUCCGUCACAUUCCUCAGCUCCUGCUCUGGUCUUUUCGAGUCGCUCUGUAAAUGAUUAUGAAGAUCCUGUAACUCUGAACUGAACUCGUAUGUAUAUCACACGGAGGAGAAAUACAUUGCUGAAUGAUUCUCUGAAUCGAGUUCUCCGACUGAUGUGAAAUCACACACUGGGCUCAGACUGAGAGCGUUCAGCUUUCUCAUCCGCUAAAACUACAGAUUGUUUUCGCAGGAAUUCUUUUUAUUCAACUUUAUAGAGUCAUUUGUAGUCACUGUAAACCAAAUAGUGAUUUUAUGUCACUGUGUA